AACACUAAAACACUUUGGUUUACAAGUUACUGCAAAUCUAUACACAAGACAAAACCAAAACCAAAACCAAAAACGUAAUUACGGCUUAGGAAAAUAAUAUAGGAAACUAAUUAAGGCAUGAUGUUAGGAGUAAACUUGGGGUCACAUGGGUCAUCUUGGUGAUCUCUCCUCAAAUCAUGCGGCUGAUUUUGUUGAUAAUCUUCAAACAGUACUUCCACAUCACCCGACCUCCCAUUACAACACUAGUAGGCACUAAGCUCGAAAGUUGCAGGAAACAAGAAAAUACUAGAAGGGAAAAUGACAGGUGCUAGUAAAUAAUUAAUGUUGGAGAAAAAUGUACUCCAUUGAGAAAGACAGUCACUCCGCUUGGUCCCCAUUUUUUAAAUUAACUUUUUACUAUCUGUACAGUUUUCAAUAAGUUUCUCUCUAUCUCUCUUCACUCAUUACCGCUCAUUACAUCAAAAAUAACUUUCUAAGAUGUAAACCAAACAACAAGAGUACCUUUGGCUAUCCAGGAAAACUGGACAAUGUUUCCUGCAGGUGAAUUUUGCUGAUUGAAUGAAUGGCCUUUUAGGCUUUAAUGCAUUUGACCAACCAAAAUCCCCAGUUUUCAUGAUUCAAGGACUGGUUGCAGCUCUAGUACUGCAGGAUUUUCAUGUUGCUAGUAAAAACUCUAUAAAAAGGCCUGACUCUUGCCAUGAAUUCCCUAUGUGUAGGAAAAUCAAUAUUGCGCUAUUCACCCCCUUCUCUCUCUCUUUCUCUCUCUCUCUCUCUCUCUCUCUCUCACGCGCACACACACACAAUGGGCAAACCAGAAGUAGAGAGAGACGAGCCACUGAGCCCACUGGGCCGGCUGUUCCUCACGCCCGAAAUGCACCAGAUAGUCCACUGCAUCAUGGGCUGCGAGAACCCGAUCGACGUCGCGGCCGUCACGUCCGAAAUCGCCAACUCCCUCAUGGUCCGACUCCCCCGAUUCUCCAGCCUCCUGGUCCGAGACUCUCACGGCCGCGAGCACUGGCGCCAGACCCAAGUUGACGUCGGCCGCCACGUCGUUGUCGUCGAAGAACCAGUCUCCGAUGCCGGCGACGACGAAGAAGCGGUGAACGACUACGUCGCCGACCUCGCCGUCUCGUUGCCGCUCAGCUACGACAAGCCGCUGUGGGAGGUACACCUGUUGAGGGCUCAUAAUUAUAUUGUUUUUCGGAUCCACCAUGCAUUGGGGGACGGGAUUUCGCUGAUGUCGAUGCUUCAGGAGUGGUGCCGGAGGGCCGAUCAUGAACCGGAUCGGAGGUCGAGUAUGGAUUCAAUGGGUACUUAUUCUAAUUUGUCGUCAAACCAAGAGAAGCGAUGGACGCAGUUGUGGAAGGUAGUGGUGGGAAUGCUGAUGGGGUUGGGAUUUAUUAUGGAGUUUGUGUUGAGGGUUUUGUGGGUGAAAGACAAGACGACUGCCGUGAGCGGCGGCGCUGGGGUGGAGCUGUGGCCGAGGAAGCUUGCCACAGCGAAGUUCUGGUUGGAUGACAUGAAAGCGGUGAAAAAAAUCGUUACUAAUGCGACAAUUAACGACGUACUUUUUGGCGUAAUUUCAUCUGGUCUAUCGAGAUAUUUGGAUUUGCAAACCCCAAAAGCUCUUCAAGACGGUGUCCAAAUUACGGGACUAGCCAUGGUUAAUUUGAGGAAACAAUCAGGAUUACAGGAACUUUCGGAUAUGUUGAGAGGCAAUUCAGGAAAUCGGUGGGGUAACAAAUUUGGUAUGCUUCUCGUACCUUUUUAUUAUCGUCAAGGCGGAGCUAAUCCUCUACAGUAUGUGAAGAUUGCCAAACAAAUGAUGGACCAGAAGAAAAAGUCUUUGGAGGCUCACUUCUCUUACAACAUGCAAAAGCUUCUCAUGAUCUAUUUUGGACCACAGGUUGCAACCUGGUUGAACUACAGGAUUGUAUGCAACACAACCUUUUUAAUCUCAAAUGUGAUAGGCCCAAAAGAGGAGAUUACAAUUGCCGGGAAUCCUGUAAAGUAUCUGAGGUUGAAUAACACUAGCUUACCCCAUGCAAUCACAAUGCACAUGUUGAGCUAUGCAGGAAGAGUUGAUAUGCAAAUACUAGUGGCAAAAGAUAUCAUACCUGACCCACAAGUUCUAGCAAAGUGCUUUGAAGAUGCCCUACACCAAAUGAAGGAGGCUGCAACUAAAGAAUGAGGAAUAUCUUAGCCAAUAUUUCCUAAUCUGAUCUCUUAAUAAUUAUCUUUUGGAUUAGUUUAAUUUGUUGUGUUGUUGUAGUUUAUCUUGUAGUGUAGUUUAUUUUUAUCUUCUUUUCCCUUUCUUUUUCCAUUCGGUUAAGAUCUUAUCCAUCCAAGUAUGGACCUCCUGGUGCAUAUAUAUUCCUCCCAUGAAUAUCAUAAAGUAAGUUUUGGUUUUACUA